CACCAGGAAGUCGCCCCAGCAAAACCCCAACGCUGCUUCUGGAUUAUCCUCCAUUCAGUCCAACGCAUCGCACCGCAAACCUCACGCCGGGACGCCGAUCCCCCAACAACCUGCAAGAAAAAACCGGGGCGGAAAAAAAAACAAACUGACUUUUUCUACUGAAUUACCAUGAACGAUGCGUGAUUUAUAAUGGAAUCCACCUAAAAAAUAUCGGAUAGUCCAAGCGUCAGCGCCGUCAGAUCAACGGCCGGAUUGUCAGAGCGCUGAGGUGAGUGAUCCCUGGAAGAAACUCCGAGAUGUCUCUGCUGUUACGUAUUCUGCUUGUGCUGCCUUCCAUCAUGAUGCCCGCCGAAGCUUCUCUCCUUUGGGAUCUCCCGUCUUCGCUUCCAGCCAUGUAUCAAAGAGGCAGCAAUGGGACCGGAUCUGAAAACUUCAUGGAGAGAGGUUUAUCAAGACACAAGCGUGCAACCGGAGACGCAGAAUAUUCCGUGGAUAUUGAAAUCAGUUUCCAGGAUCCGGUAUUACAAAACGAAAUCAGGACCUUUAUAAACACCCUGACGUUUCCCAUAGCGCUCAACGACUCUACGUCCAACAUAAAAAGCAUCAACGUAACAACAGCCUGCAGUCAAGCGAACGGGAGCCUGCAGUGUACUUGCGAAGACGGUUACGUAUGGCCCAGUGCAAUCUGCCAAAAAUACACGGCCUGCGUUGGGUCAACUAAGCCCUGCAGCUGUAUCACAGUGCAGCAAUACAAUGGAUUAUACUGUCAGCUAAAACUCGCCACAGUGAACAUUACCUUGAGCCUUAGCAUUAUUAAAGAGUUCACGCCUGCUUUUAAGGACCCCUCUAACAAAGAAUAUAAAGAGCUUAAGGCUGCUUUGGAAACUGCGUUUUCUAACAGUUAUAAGUCACUGCCUGGUUUUGAGAAAGCGGAAGUUAUAAUGUUCAGGCCGGGAAGUAUUGUCGCUGAUUACACGAUCGUCGCCGAGCCGGUCAACGCUUCCACAAUUCAGGAUGCAAACAAUAACUUAGUUACUAGCUUGGGCGCCAAUUACACUCUGGGCAACCCAGCUGUGCGCAACACUAUAACCGGACAGAGUACUGUCUCUACAUCCCACACCUACAUGUUCGUUGGCGAUCGUUCGAUAAUAUUAUGUAAAGUGAAUGUCAGCUCCUACACCAGCGUUGAUUGGUUCAUUAACGGCACGGAAAAGCUCCAAAAUGACACUCAAUAUUCGUAUAAUGUUACAGUGAUCAAUGGCUCGGUGAUGUCGUUCUUAACCAUAAAUUCACUGGCUGCCACCAAUUCAGGAACCUACAAAUGCAUUGUCCACCAAAAUUCUGAUAGCUUCGUAGCCGAAAUGAACUUAAAAGUGCUCCCCAUAACCGUGAGCAUAAUAACCGGAACGGUUCGGUGUAACAGUACCGGCGUGCCCGUGCUGAGUUGCUGCACCGAUGAAGGAAUUGACUUGCUUUCGCUGACGUGCUAUAAUACUAGCGGAAAUAAAUAUGUAGACAGAGUUUCCGGUGGGCCCAUAGAUAAAUGUCGUACGUAUAACAUCACUGCAAGCCCAGACCAGUGCUUGUAUGGCAAUACGGCCACUUACCAAUGUGCGUGCACCUCUGCAAACGGUGCCAGCCAAAACAAAGACAUCACUGUGACCCUUCAGCAAACCCCUGUUCUACAAAUAAAUUCUACGGCUGACAGCAAACAUGUGUCGGAAGGGAAGCCACUGUUCUUGGAAUGCUCAAGUAAUGUGGACACCAAGAUAUCGUGGAGGUUUAGCAGUGGUGGUAUCGAUGAAGCCGUUCAAACUAACUUAUACAACCAGAGAACCAAUCGCAGUUCCAUACUCCAUGUACCUAGGAUAACCAAAUUCUGGAAUGGUACUAUUAUUUGUGCGGCAGAAAAUAACCCAAUAUCUGUAAAUAAAUCCGUUAUUGUGUACAGUCUGACUUCAUCAGAUCAAAUUAACGUUAAUCCGGUGGGAUCCUUUUACGUUUGUAAUUUUCCUAUAACUUUUACGUGCUGCGUGGAUGACAUUGCAGCGUACGCAUCUGCAACAAUAAACAUUUCAGGAAAAAAUUCACAAGCUAUGGCCAAGAGCGGGAAUUGCUUUGUGUACACGUACACUCCUACCGACUGCGCUGGCACUGGCCCUAUAGAGGCUUUCAGCACUAUUUCUAAUCGCAUAAAUGAUACCGUUACCAGCGGGAGAAUGACAUUAAGCCCAAGAAAUGUUGCGGAUAUUACAUGCAAUACUACUCUGGGCAUUGGAAGCAUUGGAGACGCGAUAACGGUUUCAUGUGAGACAAUUAAUGCGACUCUGACAGGGAAUCAAACAUAUGAGUGCUCUCAAAACGGUGCUUGGAACCCAAAGAACGGAACAAUAACCUGUUUUUCGGCAAGCCUUAAUGGACUUGAUCUGGAUUUUCAGGCGCUUACAAGCCCAGGAUCUGAAGCAAACAUACCAAAUUUGCUUGUACGACUGAGUAGUACGGUAACAAGCGAACAGACCGAAGUGACAUCUUCACCAAGGAAUAUCCAACUUGUAUUAAAUAUAUUGUCUGCGUCUGCACGUCUUUCUAACACAGUAGAAGAAGCAAUGAUGCAGAAUUUCCUUACGGGCGUCAACGUUGUUGUCGAUCGCUCGUCCGCAGCGGCUUGGUCAAAGGCCGAAAACCAAACAAGGCAAAGUUCAGAGCUCCUUAAAUCUGUAGAAGAGUUUGCACGCAAAUUAGAUUUCAAUGGAAGUAUUUCCAUAAGGAACAACUCAAACGUCCAAUUAGCAGGUGUCAUUCGGACGGAAUCCACCCCCGAAUAUAAAAAAGACUUCAGUUUUAACAAUAUCAAUAAUUUAACAGGAAAAGUUGCAAUUGGGAACCUCAACGCCAUUGCGGAAAACUCAAGAAUCGUCAGCAUUGCGUACGCUACGCUAAAGGACGUUUUACCCUUGGAGGAUAAUAAUACCGUGAACGGCCUGGUCAUGACGACGGUUGCUAAUAUAACCAAUAUGGAAGCGUUUAAUAUCUCCAUGACCUUCCGAAAAAGCAACGUAACUCUAAACAAGGCAAGCUGUGUUUUCUGGAAUCUUACAACCAAUAAUUGGGAUAGUAACGGGUGCCGUCCUACGACCCGCGAAGACGAUGUGAUAUGCGAAUGCGACCACCUGACCUCCUUUUCCAUCCUCAUGUCCUACGAAACGCAAUUUACCAAGACCGAACGUGACAUUUUGGAUUAUAUUACUUACAUUGGCGUUGGGAUUUCCAUGUUGAGCUUGGUUAUUUGCAUCUUCGUUGAAGUCACAGUAUGGAAGUCAGUGACUAAGAACAAAACGUCGUACAUGCGCCACGUGUGCUUGGUGAACAUCGCCGUUUCGCUAUUGGUCGCGGAUAUUUGGUUUAUCAUCGGUGCUGCGUUAGCUCCUAAAGUGCCAAAGGAGGUCUCAGAUGCCUGCGUGGCUGUAACUUUCUUUACCCACUUUUUUUACCUGUCUUUGUUUUUCUGGAUGCUAACAAUGGGACUCAUUCUCUUUUACCGCCUUGUCUACGUUUUACACGACAUGAGCAAAACCAUCAUGAUGACCAUCUCUUUUGUUCUGGGCUACGGUUGCCCUCUCGUUAUUUCAGUGAUCACGGUGGCAAGUACCCAACCCUUUAAAACAUAUACUGCAGACGAAGCAUGUUGGCUCAACACCAAGACGAGCAAUGCGUUCAUUGCGUUUGUCGUACCCGCUUUAAUCAUACUGCUUGUGAACACCCUCAUUGUUCUUGUGGUUGUCGUUAAAAUUCUAAGACCUUCCAUAGGAGACAAACCGAAAAAGGAGGAGAAGAGCGCGUUAAAUAACAUUCUAAAAUGCAUAGUCAUCUUAACGCCUCUGCUGGGGCUUACAUGGGGCUUUGGCAUCGGAACAUUGAGCGUUAACAAGGCUUGGAUCCAUGGCAUUUUUGCUGGAUUGAACUCCCUUCAGGGUCUAUUUAUUCUGCUGUUUGGAUGUUUGUUGGACAAAAAGGUACGAGAGGCCCUACUGAACAAAUUCUCACUGACCAGAUGGGUUUCACAACAGACCAGGAGCACCAAUACCAAUUCAUCAGAUUCACCGUUCUCUAAAGGAAACGUUACCAAAGUGGGCAGCCGCAAAGGAAUCAUCAACCCGUUUGGUAAAAAAGGAGCUUACAACAUUUCUUCUGCACAGCUGAGUUCUUCGAGUGACAUGGCGUCAAACUCCUAUUCUAUACUCAACUGAC